AUGCCAUUCAAAGCUUACAUUCUGACCGGUGAGGAACGCUACUGAGUAUCGCUUCAUCUGCAUAGCCCACUCAUCACCUCUGUCUCGGGUCUGUUUCGGCCAUCUGUAUGCUUUCCAGUGUCCGACACGCUCGCACAGGCCAUGUCUGCCAGCAAUCCCAUCCAAACCACUAACACGUCUGGUCUGACGCUGCGAGAGAGCCUGCAACAGCACUCGUCGAAGCAAUUUUCUGUAGAGGAAGAGGCGGUGGUGGCGGAUGACAUUGCCGACAUACAGCGCACUAUCAAGCGAUGGAUAGCAGCACGCGCUGAUCUGAUUCUCACGACUGGCGGGACGGGCUUUGGUACCCGAGAUGUGACGCCAGAGGUGAGCCCGAUGGGAAGGAGACAUCUGCUUGGACCUCGCAUUGCUCACUAGCGUCUGGCGCUUGCUGGUCCGCAGGCAAUCGCACCACUGGUGUCCAAGCCAACACCUGGUCUCACACAUUUGCUGUUAUCUCACAGCCUCCAGAAGACUCCAAUGGCGGUCCUAUCUCGACCUGUAACUGGAAUCGCACUGCAUGCUCCCCUCCCACAGAGCACACCCGAGACACAGCAGACGGGAGCCAUCAUCGUCACGCUUCCUGGAUCUACCAGAGCUGUGGGAGAAUGCAUGGACGCUCUGCUCGGGGACAGCGUGCUUCAGCACGCGCUCGAGCUAGUGUCUGGCGGGUCGGGAAGCCGGCAACACGCCUCAAUGCAAGGUCCUGGAGGAGGUCGAGAUGGCGCCAAAGCUAGUCAUACCGGUCUGAGCGGAACAGAAACAGAUACAGGCAGUGCUAGAGUGUGCUCUGGACUGCAAGGUCAGCACCACCACCCACACCACCACCACCAUCAUCAUCAUCAUGCAGACCACGCCGCUCCAAAGCCUCGCACGGAGCAAAGGGAGGAAUCGUCUGGCUACGUUACGCGAGACCCGGGAGGACCAGCAUCGCGUCAUCGGAAGAGCCCAUACCCGAUAUUAUCGCUCGACGCUGCUCUGAAUCUCAUCGCCGAGCAUACCCCCUCACCCCGGCAAACACAUGAAGCCUCGAUUGACCGAAAAUUGAUCGGCGCAAUUCUCGCCCGUGACGUCACUGCACGAACUGAUCUUCCCCUCCGACCAACGACUAAUGUGGAUGGAUACGCAGUUUCCGCCCAUCACACACCACCGGGCCCGUAUCGGGUCAGUGCAUCGAAUGCGGGAUUCGAAGCUGGUAGCGUUCAGCGUAUCAACACCGGCCAAGGACUUCCGUCCGGUGCCGAUGCGGUGGUCAUGGUGGAGGACACGGAGCUUCUGGAGAGCUCGGAUGAUGGAGAGGAGCGCUACAUCAAGGUGUUGGCGCAGGUGGAUGCGGGGGAGAAUGUGCGAAAGGCUGGGAGCGAUGUCAAACAAGGGAGUGUCAUCUUGCAGGCUGGUCAAAGACUGAGCGAGCUCGGCGGGGAGCUAGGCACUUUGGCUUUCUUGGGCUAUCCGAAGGUGCGUGGUUAGAGCACUGGGCAGACUCUGCGAGGUCUCUUUUUGGGCCCCUUACUGAUGUAUGCGCUCUAAUACUAGGUCACAAUACACACAAAGCCGAAGGUUGCCAUCUUGUCCACUGGCAACGAGCUCGCAGACAUCGCUGCUCCGAAGCAGACUGACGCCUGGGGAUUUCGAAUUUGGGACGCCAAUAGGCCCGGUCUACGGGCGGCGAUCGAGUCCGCUGGAUACGAAGUAGUCGACUUGGGCAUAGUGCAUGACGAGUGAGUCUCUCAGCAUUGAGCGUGUAUUCAUCUGCACAAAUGAGGGCAUCACUUGAUGCUUUCGCUUCCUCGCAUAGCCGUCAAGCAACAGUCGACGCACUUCGAAGGGGACUGGAAGAGGCUGAAGUUGUUCUGACAACCGGCGGGACCAGUAUGGGCGAAAGCGACCUGCUGAAGCCUAUCAUCGAGCGCGACCUUGGAGGCAAGAUUCACUUUGGGCGCGUCGCCAUGAAGCCGGGCAAGGUGAGCUGCAGUCUAGCCUCGCCAGCCGUGAAGCGGCCGCCGUGCUGAAAUGCUCGAGCCACGGCGAUAGCCCACCACAUUUGCCACAAUCCCUCGCGAAAGCUCCGAUCGCGUGGUGUUCGCACUGCCAGGCAAUCCAGCCAGCGCUCUGGUGUGCUUCUACGUCUUCGUGUUGCCUUCCCUGCGCAAGCUUUGCGGCCAUCACGCAUCCAUCGCGCCGUCUGGUCAAGGGAGGUCGUGGAGCGUGCCCCGCGUCAAGCUGCGAUUAGAAAAUGCAAUGAAGCUGGAUCCCCGGCCAGAGUUCCACCGCGCUGUUGUCUACCCAGAUGCUAACGGUCGAUUAGUGGCGAGAAGCACCGGAUCUCAACGUAGCAGGUGAGCCCCGUGAUGGCACUCUGAAAUUCGUGCCGUCCACGCUACCUCAAUCCCGUUCUCUGAUUCUGACCUCGUCCACUGCUCAAUUAUCGUCGCAGUGGGAUGCACUCGAUGGCGACAGCAAACGCACUGGUCUGCGUACCUGCGUUGGAUGGCUCGCCUGGAAGCCCCACACAGUUGCAAGCAGGAUCCGAGGCCCUGGCGAUGCUGAUUGGCAGUAUUUUGUAG